AUGGUUGCAACGGCUGCAAAUGGAAAUUUAAGGCUCAGAGAGACAUGUCCUCGGACUCCUGCGUUGCAAGGCCGACGUGCUUGUCGCAUCUGCAGCGGCUUUCCUUGCGGGCUUGGCGUGGGCAUCCGCUCAUAUCCGAUAAUACUACAGUACUAUUCACUCUCCUCAGUUGAACAUAGCGGGACUCGGAUCCAUGAACGUCGGCAGCGUGCGACGUAUCAAGUGAUGUUCGAAAGACAAAACGGCGAGCAGUCCAACCAUGAAUUUGAACACAACACAGCAGCAUUGAAAUUUCGCAAAACAGUGUACGGCAACGCCGACCGCGCGUUUGGAAUUCUGGAGCAUCACGUGAUCUGA